UCCAGUUCGUGGGCAGAAUUAUGACGGGCGAUUCAGAAAUCUACACGUAUCUCCGGUCGGUCAGCUGCUGCCGAACCUGUUGCCUUCGGUAUCUGAAAGGGCGGGCUGACGACUUCCUGAACGUUGACGAGGGUCUCAAAAAGAGGGAAAUAAACCUGAGCACCAACGAGCUCCCGCCGGAAAACGGAGACGAUGGCGACAAUCCACCGAAGCGCCUCCGCGAGAAUGUCUGCGUAGCUUGCCUGGGGCUGUUCGAGUCGGAUCUGUUCGGGUCGCUUCUGGACCAGGUUCGCUCGGAUGAUAGCGAGUUCAAGCGGUACCAGUGCGAAGGCUUCACCAGCUCCAUUUUCCUACCGAUUGUGUACCACCUCCGUCAGCUGUCGCUGUGGAUUGCCUUGGUGGAGCAAUUUCCGGGGCGGUUUGAGAAGGAAGGUCCCCCGCCGGAUGUGUCGGUGAAAGAUGCUUUCAAGAUGGUGUUGAACCGGAAGCUGGAGGAGGCUUUGGGGAAGCCGUUCUCGGUGAAUGGUGUGGCGAUCAAUGUACUGUUUAAGUAUGCCAAAGACGAUGAGGAAAUCCGAUUGUUGGCCAAGGUCAAACCGGGGGUGUUUGCCGACCGGAAGACCAACAAACACUGUCGGAAGGAGUUCAUCACGAGGAAUGCAUUCGAGAAGAAUUUCACCCCCGAUAGCUUGGAUUUGGAUCAGUAUCGGAAGCACAUCGCGGUUCCGCCGGCAAUCCAAGACGAAGGGGUGGUGUUGGACAAGGUUAGCUUCACCGGUCCGACGGUGUUCCUUGCCGGACGGUACAACAAGAUAUCCCGGGAGCUGAGUCAAACUCCGUGGGUGAUCGAAGGGAAGCGAAAGAUGGAGAACAGCGUACAGGAGAUCAUGACCGCGGUGGUGGCACCGUAUUUUGGUGUGCCUGCGGACAGUUUGAUUUUCAGUUCCAGCGGUCGGGAGGAUGUGGACGUUCGGUGUUUGGGAGAAGGACGACCGUUUGUGCUGGAGAUUCCUGGCUCGUUCAAGGACUUCCUGGAGGAAUCCGCUGCGGAGGAGAUGGAGAAAGCGGUUGAUAAGUCCGAACAGGUUUCAGUGAAGGAUUUGCAGCUGGUGGACCGAGAAGAGCUGACCCAUAUCAAGCACGGCGAGGAGAACAAGCGGAAGUUUUACCGGGCACUUUGCGUCUUGGAUGGCCCGGUUACGCUUGAGGUCCUAAAGUCUCUCAACAUCGCGGACCCGUUCGUAAUAGAGCAGUGGACGCCGCUGAGGGUGCUUCACCGGAGACCACUGCUACCCCGACCCAGGACGAUCCACAGCGUGAAGGCAUUUGCCUGUCGAAACAACGAGCGAGCGAUUGUCGUGGAUGUGGUGACUCAAGCUGGGACGUACAUCAAGGAGCUAGUCCAUGGCGAUUUCGGCAGGACCAAGCCUAGUUUAAGGAGCAUCAUUGGGCAGCCCAUUGACAUCCACGCUUUGGAUGUGAUGGCCAUCGAUUUGGAUUGGCCCAAGCGGCUGAGGAGGUAAGUGAGUCAAAGCAGAAGCAACGACGAAUAAACGGUUCGAUAAACACAAA